AUGGUAAGUGACAAUGAUUAUGAAUUUAUGAUGCCAUCCACUUCAAAAUCAGAUCGUCUGCAAAAACGCAAGAAGUUAUCUGACUCCAACAUGGAGGGUCAGGUCGAUAAUAUCAGUAAGAUGAUUUCUGCUGAACAAGGUGCGAGUUCUAUUGACAAUGCCAUCGACUUCAAAGUCAAGUCGACAAAAAGCAAGAAGUCCAAGUUUGUUCCAAAACCAAAGCGGGUGAAGCGACCGAAAGUGAACUGGUUGGAUCUUCCGUCAGAUGUAAUGGCGAAUAUACUCUCUAGAAUCGGUGUGUUUGACAUACUUGAGAAUGCCCAAAAGUGUGGACUUAUAGGCAAUGGUCGGUCUGUAUUAAGGAAAAUUUGUAUGCAACUUGUGGAUAGAAGCCAAGGCCAGAUGGUCGAUAUCUCUAUCAAGUACUUUUGCAAUAAGGGCAUUCUUCGGUAUAUUGCUGAUAGGUCGAGUCAGCUUAGACGUCUAGAAAUUACUUCUUGUAGUUGGGAUUUGAAGGGAGCCUGGGGUGAUUCUUCGAAGAAAUUAUCAUUAUUGGAGGAACUCAGCCUUUGUGUAACAUACAUCUCGGGAAAAGAUAUCGAAGCUGCUGGCCGCUUCUGUCCCCUGCUAAAAACACUCAAAGUUAAUCAAAGACCACGUGAUAAACCUGAUGAUGAGUUGGCUGUAGCAAUUGGGAAGAACCUACCUGAGUUUAUCAAAGGCACCUUGAGUUAG